CUCCACGACGGAAGCCGCGGAGGUCCAACCUUGCCUAGCAGUCUAAGGGCCCGCCCCUUCCCAGACGAAAUUCCAGCCGCAUUCAACGCCGCAGGCUCAGCUGGGACUCCGCCCAGAGGCUGAAGCGCGGAGCAGUCAGUGCUGAGAGUUGAACCCAGUACCUCACACAUGCCAGUUCUUGGCGGACACAACAUCUUUGUAUGUGGUGCUGAGGAUCAAACCUGGGCCGCACGCAUGCCAGGCGAGCGCGCUACCGCUUGAGCCACAUCUCCAGCCCCUGACUAGCAUAUUCUUCACCUCAGGCUAUCCUUUCAAAAAUAUCCUUUAUUACAACCUCUGUGGCUUUGUUUUUAUACUUUGUGAAAUGACAUACUGCAAUCUUUCUUGCUUUUCUUAAUCUGUUUCUUUUUGUAAGGUUUUAUGCAGCCUCUCCAUGCUUUGUCUGAAUUGGCCAUACUCUUUAUUACUGUGUUGCUUCUUUGCUAAGGAAAAAAAAUGAAAAUGUUAAGAGAAAUUCAACUAAGAAAUUUUGCUUUUAAUAAUCAUAGCAAAAAUUGGAAAAAUGGAAAUGCAUAUGAUAUUAGUUAUUAAUGUAUUACCUUUUGAUCCAAAUCCACCGUUUGCUUCUUGUUCUGCCAUAAUAGAGCUGGACCCUAUAAGCAAUUCUGUUUUGAUAAGUGGACAUGAGGGCUCUAGGGAAGAUGCUGAAGGACACAGGGCUUUCUCUUCCUAGAUCUAGCAUGCUUGUUUUCUUCUUAGUUCAACUAUGUGGCUGACAGUGGCAUUUAUGGGUACAUCUAGUGGUUCUCAUCCCCAAUGAGUGUCAUGGCCCUCUGUGAACAGCUUCCACAUCCCUGAAACAGUUUGCCAGUGAGUUCCACGAGCUCACCCCAGGGCAGCUUCCUGGUACAUUCUACUGCCACAUCCCCAGUUUCUCAAUGAUGCUCAGUAAUUCUGACAGAACCCACUCUGGAGGCUUCCUGAAAAUUCUACCAUCACCUCAAAGAGUGAGUAGUUCCCUCCUUCCUAGAUUUGGCUUGCAGCAGCUCAUUGGACCUCUCUACCAUUUCAUUGGUCAUGGCCACUAUGACUUCUCAAAUUUUAGGUCCCAGCUCCAGAAGGGAGGGGACUUUUCCAAAUUUAUUUCUUAGAUGGGUACUGUACACUAGAGAUAAUGGCUGCUCUCUCUAUGCUGUUCUUGUAAUAAGUACUGCUUUCUAUCCCUUCCAUAGUUAAUCUCUUACUCCUAGUUAAUAUUUAUUUUUAUUAAACAUCCCUGUUCAAAUUACUGUGUGCUUUAUUAAACAUUUUCUUUUCAGAUUACUGUCCUAUCUCCUGGCUGAUCCUUAACAGAGUAAAUCAUUGAAAAAAGAUGAAAUAAACUAGAAUACUAUGCAGGAAUUAAAAAAGAAUAAAUCAGGCUUUUGUGAAAGACCAACUGCUAUAGGAAUUGCCUCUCUCCAUAAAUAUAUAGAAAAUUUCACAAAACGUAUGAAAUAAUUAUUUACAGACCUUGUACUUGAAGCAGCACAAGACUGUGAUCUCUGAAAGAUACAAAUGAAGCUAGCUCUACAAUUUCCCCAGCCUGGAGGCAGUUUUCAGACUAUAGUACAGAGAGGGAUACUCAAAAUGAGAGUCUUGCUGAGUUGAAGAGAAAGAUAAAGAAUACAAAUGAGGCCAGAGUGCCAGAAAUUUGCAGGAUGGAGUUCUGAAAAGAGGGAUCUCCACAAAUAACUCUGGAGAUUUUUACAGGGGCCUUCAAGAGGCUUUGGCUGAGUUCUGUCUGCACAUACAUGGAAUAAAAUACAAUUAGGCCUGGAAAAGAAUCACCAAAAGCAGUAGGCCAACACUUCUUAGAAUUCCUUAAGUUCUGGGAGUUGUAGAAAAUUCCACAGAAUGGAAGAUCUAAUAUAAUAGGCUUCAGAGAGAAGAACAGACAUAUCUCAGUAGUGUAGGUAAUUAACAGACAUAUCUCAGUAGUGUAGGUAAUUAAUCCUAUAGUAAGACUGCUCUUGGCGUUCCAUAACAAAGCUUACAAACAAGCUUCAGAAGAUCUUAGAACAAAGUCCAACACUCUUGUAAGGAAUACAACAGAAUCCAGUAAAAUUCAACAUGUUCAAAAGUUAACAGGUAUUUUAAAAAGCAGGAAAUAUCCCAUCAAGAACCUUUUUUUUUUCCUUUUUGGUUUUUAAGUUUUGUAUGCUGAACAGCCCAUGAACAUUUGUACAUAUAUAUAUUUGUCUCAAUCUUCUCAUUUCUAGCAUUUCUUGAAGGUAACUAUUUUCUUGACUCUUUUUUUAAGGACUAGGGUUUUUGAUUAGUAUACCUUGGUUUUAUUUUUUGUUUUGUUUCAUAUUAUUUUUCUCCUAAUUCCCUUGAUUAUCUUCUUUUCUUUUCUUUCCCUAACAGUCAAAUUCUACUGUUCUUUCACUCUUCCUUUUACUCUUUACUACUAUUCUGUCUCAUCCUCUCUCUUAAUUAUUACAUCCUACAUGUCUGCAUUCUCUUCACCUUUUGAAAUAGCAAACCCUUUUUGUAAACAUAAUAUCUGUGACCCUGAACCAAAAUUUCAAAAAACAAUGGAUAACUUCUAUACCAUUUCUGUUUAUAUUGCCAGCUAACAUUGUAGAUGCCAAAAAAGGAAAUAAAUAUUUAGUUUAAUGCUGAAUAUUGAUUGCAUUGCUUGUUAUUAUUAUUUGUCUUCCCCUAAGGUAUUAGAAAACUUCAGGAACACUAUAAAUUCACAGGGUAGAAGCUCUGCCACAUCAGAUUCUUAUUGAUAAAUGGGUAGACAUACAAACAGCUCAAAAAGCAAGGGAACAACCCAUCCCCCCAAAAUAAAAAUACCUCAUUAACAAUCCAAUGAGAUCACAGUGGAGGAAAUAUCAGAGAAGGAAUUUAGAAAGUUCAUAGUUAAACUGAUAUGUGAUGUAAAAGAUGAAAUAAGGAGUGAAAUCAGAGAGAAAAAUCCAAAAAGUGAAAGAUCUCUUCAAUAAGGAGAUAGAAAUCCUAAAGAAGAAUCAAUUGGAAAUUCUCAAAAUGAAGGAAUCAGGAAAUCAAAUUAAAAACUCAGUGGAGGGGCUGGGGUUGUGGCUCAGCAGUAGAGUGCUUUCCUAGCACAUGCAAGGGUAUUGGUUCAAUCCUUAGCACCACAUAAAAAUAAAAUAAAGGAAUUGUGUCUAACUACAAUGAAAACAAAAUUUUAAUUAAAAAAAUCAAUGGAAAGCAUCACUAGCAGACUAGACUACUUAGAAGAUAGAGUUUCAGGCAAUGAAGAAAAAAUAUAUAAUCUGGAAAAUAAAGUUGACCAUGGAAAAAAGACGUUAAGUGACCAUGAACAGAAAUUUCAAGAAACAUUGGAAUACAUGAAAAAGAGCAUCAAGAUUUAUCAGAAUGGAUGAAAGCUUAGAAAUAAACCAAUGAAGAAAUAUCACAAAAUUUCCCAGACCUUAAGAAUGAAAUGGAAAAUCAAAUACAGGAGGCUUACAGGACUCCAAACAUACAAAAUUACAACAGACCUACACCAAGGCACAUCAUUAUAAAAAUGCCCAACCUACAGAAUAAGGAUAAAAUUUUAAAGACUGCUAGAGAAAAACAACAGGUCACAUUCAGAGGGAAAACAGUCCAGAUAUCAGCUGAUUUCUCAAUCCAGACCCUAAAAGGUAGGAGGCCUUAGAAUUACAUAUACCAGGCCCUCAAAGAAAAUGGAUGCCAACUAAGAAUACUAUAUCCAGCAAAAUUAAGCUUCAGAUUUGAUGAUGAAAUAAAAACAUUCCAAGAUAAACAAAAGUUAAAAAAGAAUUCACAACUGGAAAGCCUGCACUACAAAACAUAUUCAAUAAAAUAUUUCAUAAAGAAGAAAUGAAAAAUAAAAUUGAAAACUAGAAAAGGGAGAAACUACACUAGAAGAGUAGUCAAUCAAAGGAGAAAUUAAUUGAAAUUAAAAACCAGAAAUAAAAUGGCAGAGAAUAAAAAUUAUUUCUCAAUAGUAACAUUGAAUAUAAAUGGCCAAAAUUCAUCAAUCAAAAGUCAUAGAUGGGCUAAUUGCAUUAAAAAACAAGACCCAUCAACAUGCUGUGUCCAAGAGACUCACCUCAUAGGCAGAGACUAAAGGUAAAAAGGUGGGGAAAAAAACAUAUCAUUCCCUUGGAUUUCGUGAACAAGCAUGGGUUUCUAUCCUCAUAUCAGAUAAAGUGGGCUUCAAGCCAAAGUUAAUCAGAAAGGCCAAAGAAGGUUAUUUCAUACUGCCUAUGGGGAUUAUACAUCAACAAGAUAUAACAAUCAUAAAUUUUUAUGCCCCAAACAAUGGAGCAUUUAUGUACAUCAAACAAACCCUUCUCAAUUUCAAGAAUCAAAUAGACCACAACAUAGUACUACUGAAUGACUUUAACACUCCUCCAUCAUGACUGGAUUGAUUGUCCAAAUAAAACCUAACCAAAGAAGAUAUAGAACUAAAAAAUACGAUUAAUAAAAUAGACCUAACAGACAUAUAUAGAAUAUUUCAUUCAUCAAUGAAUGAAUACACUUUCUUCUCAGCAGUACACAGAUCAUUUUCUAAAACAGACCACAUCUUAGGCCACAAAACAAUGCCUAGCAAAUACAAAAGAAAAUAGAGAUAAUACCUUGGAUUCUAUCAGAUUAUAAUGGAAUGAAAUUAGAAAUCAAUGAUAUAAUAAAAAAAUAGUAGCUACUCUGACAUCUGGAGACUAAAUAAUGUGUUACUUAAUGAUCAAUGCAUAGCAGAAGAAAUCAGGGAUGAAAUAAAAAAAAUACUUAGAGGUAAAUGAGAAUAGCAACAAAACAUCAAAAUCUCUGGCACACUAUGAAGGUGGUUCUCAGAGGAAAGAUCAUAGCAUUGAGCUCAUUCAUAAAAAAAAAAAAUGAAAGUCACCAAAUAAAUAACCUAACAUUAUAUCUCAAGGCCCUGGAAAAGACCAAAUCAACACUAAAAGCAGUAGAAGACAGGAAAUAAUUAAAAUCAGAGACAAAAUCAAGAAAAUUGAAAUCAAAAAAUUCAAAAAUAUCAACAAAACAAAAAAUUGGUUCUUUGAAAAAAUAAACAAAAUUGAUAAGCCCUUAUCCAUGCUAAUCAAGAGAAAGAAGAAAAAACUCAAAUUUCUAAAAUUUGUGAAGAAAAGGGAAAUAUCACCACAGAUACCAGAGGAUAAUCAGAAACUAUUUUGAAAAUUUAUACUCCAAUAUGUUGAAUAGAAGUGGUGAAAGAGGGCAUCCUUGUCUUGUUCCAGUUUUUAGAGGUAAUGCUUUCAGUUUUUCUCCAUUUAGAAUAACGUUGGCCUUGAGUUUAAUGUAUAUACCUUUUACAAUAUUGAGGUGUUUUCCUACUAUCCCUAGUUUUUUUAGUAUUUUGAACACAAAUGGAUGCUGUAUUUUGUCAAAUGCUUUUUAUGCAUCUACUCAGGUAAUCAUUUGAUUCUUGUCUUAAGUCUGUUGAUGUGGUAGAUUACAUUUAUUGAUUUCCAUAUGCAUUCCUAGAAUGAAACCUGCUUGGACAUGGUACAGUCCAAGAAUGUUUAGAAUGUUUUAUAUGCGAUUGCCAGUAUUCUAUUAAGAAUUUUUACAUCUAUGUUCAUCAACAUAGUCCUUGAAACUCUAGCCAGGGCAAUUAGGCAAAAGUAUGAAAUUAAAGGGAUACAGUAGAAAAAAAAAAAGAACUCAAACUAUCCCUAUUUGUUAACAACAUGAAUCCUAUAAACUUUAUCAGAAAACUUCUAAAACUCAUAAAUCAAUUCAGCAAAGUAGCAGGGUAUGAAAUUGACACCCAUAAAUCAGUUGUGUUCCUAUACACCAAUGAUGAAUCAGCUGAAAGAGAAAUUAAGAAAAUCAUCCCAUUCACAGUAGCCUCAAAAAAAGAAAAAAAAAAAUACCUGGGAAUCAGUCUAACAAAAGAGGUGAAAGACCUGUACAAUGAAAAUUACAGAACACUAAAGAAAGAAAUUGAAAACCUUAAAAGAUAGAAAGACUUCUCAUGUUCUGAGAUAGGCAAAAUAGUAUAAUCAAAAUGGUCAUACUACUACCACAAGUGCUAUACAGAUUUAAUGCAAUUCCUAUUUAAAUCACAGUGCAGUUCUUCAUAGCAAUAGAGAAAGAAAUCAUUAAUUCAUUUGGAAAAAUAAGAGCCCAAGAAUAGCCAAAACAAUCCUUAGUGAGAAAAUUGAAGCUGGAGGCAUAAUAAUACCAGACCUUAAAUUAUACUACUAAACUAUAGUAACUAAAGCAGCAUGGUAUUGGUACCAAAACAGACAUGAAGACCAAUGGAAUAGAAUAGAAGACACAGAGACAAACCCACAUAAAUACAGUUAUCUCAUACUAGACAAAGGCACCAUAAACCUACAUUGGAGAAAAGACAGCCUCUUCAACAAAUGGUGCUGGAAAAAUUGGAAAUUCAUAUGUAGCAGAAUGAAACUGAACCCCUGUCUCUCACCCUGCACAAAACUCAAGACUUAGGCAUUAGAUCAGAAACCCUGCAUCUACUAGAAGAAAAUGUAGGCCCAACACUCCAUCAUGUCAGCUUAGGAACUGACUUGCUCAGCAAGACUCCUAAAGCACAAGAAGUAAAAUCAAGAAUCAAUAAAUGGGAUAGUAUCAAACUAAAAAGCUGCUUCACAGCAAAGGAAACAAUCAGUAUUGUGAGGAGAGAGCUUACAGAUUGGGAAAAAAAAUCUUUGCCACCUGUACCUCAGAUAGAGAAUUCAUCUCCUAGAUAUAUAAAAAUCUCAAAAAAAAAAAAAACAAAAAAAAACCACAAAUAGCCCAAUCAACAAGUAGGCAAAGGAUUAAACACAUUUCAAAAGGAAUACAAUGGUCUAUAUACAAAUGGUCAACAAAUAUAUGAAAAUUUUCAACAUCUCUAGUAAUUAGGAAAAUUCAGAUCAAAAUAUUGAGAUUUUUCUCAUUUGAGUCCAAAUGGCAAUAAUUAAGAAUACAAGUAACAAUAUCAGCGAGGAUGUGGGGAAAAGGUACACUCAUAUAUUGCUAGUGGGACUGCAAAUUGGUACAACCACUCUGAAAAGCAAUAUGGAGAUUCCUUAGAAAACUUUGACCCAGUUAUCCCACUUUUUUUUUUUUGAGAAUUUUAAUAUUUAUUUUUUAGUUAUCGGCAGACACAACAUCUUUGUAUGUGGUGCUGAGGAUCGAACCCGGGCCACGCUCAUGCCAGGCGAGUGCGCUACUGCUUGAGCCACAUCCCCAGCCCCCAGUUAUCCCACUUUUGACCCAGUUAUCCCACUCCUCAGUAUAUAACCAAAAGACUUAAAAUCAACAUACUACAGUGACAGCCACAUCAAUGUUUAUAGUGGCUCAGUUCACAGUAGACAAGCUGUGGAACCAACCUAGGUGCCCUUCAACAAAUGAAUGGAUGAAGAAAUUGUGGUAUACACACACACAAUGGAUUAUUACUCAGCCAUAAAAAAGAAUGACUUUAUGACAUUUGCCAGAAAAUGGAUGGAGGAGACUAAGGGAAAUAAGCCAAUUAGUCUAAGGGAAAUAAUUAAAAAAAAAACCCACAAAGAUUGAAUGUACUUUCUGAUAUGUUUAUGGUAACCCACAACAAGGGAGGAGGGAGGGAAAGAAUAGAAGUUCAGUAGAUUAAACAAAUGAGGGUGCAGGGAAGGGAGUGGGAACAGGAAGAGGAAAGACAGAGGAAUGAAUUUGGCUUUCCUGUGUACACGUAUAAAUACACCACAGUGAAUCUCCACAUCAUGUACAAUCACAAGACUGGAAUCCUAAUUAGAAUAAGAUGUACUCCAUGUUUAUAUAAAUAUGUUGAAAUAUAUCAUCAUCUAUAACUAAAAAGAACAAAUUUUUUAAAAAGCUGCAAAGUAAUGUAUCAAAUAGUGGUGAGAAAACCUUCCAAGAUGGGAAGGAGGUGUUGUGGUGACAGAAAAUAGAUCUAUCAUAUACGUAGAACUCAUUUUGCUUCAUUCACAGGCGUCAUGGAUCAGGCAAUACACCUUUCCAAAUCCCUAGGAUUAGAAUGUAGGGGUUGCACAGCUAGGCAAAUGUUGUACCGCUGAGCUAUACCUCCAGCUCUGUCUCUAAUAUUAAGACACCCCCCCACUUCCUCACAAGCCGAUGUGUCCUAAGUCUUGGCAGGAUCUUAAGCACCAGCUGUAUACCCUAGUACAAGUCACGUAGGCUCUCUACACCUCAGUUUUCUCAUUAGCAAAAUGGGGUUAAUAGUAAUAUUUACCUCACAGUGCUUCUAUGAGAUAAUGUAUACAAAGAGAUUAGUUUGCUGCUUAGCUACUGGUCAGGGGAAGCAUCUCUGGUGUGUUUUGAGUCUUGUCCAUGUGAUUAAUGAUGUCACAAUGCCCUACUAGACUUCUCCAUUAGGGAGUUGCGGAUCCUUUGGAGCCAAGGAAUGGAACUGACAUGCAAGAUCUCUAUCAACUGAAGGUUUCAUGAGCACGCUCCUUUGCCAAGAUUUUGGUGAAUAGUCUCUCACUGUGCGAUUAUAUUUUAGAAAUUAUUUUCCUUUUUAUCAUGAUUGUGCUUGGCUGGGUGCUUUUUGUUGGACUUGCAUGUUACAUGGGCACAUUUCCAGAGUUUGUACCUCCACCUCUAAAGUGGAAACAGAAGUGGCCCAUUCGUGAGAGCAAGGCACGACGGAGGAGCCGGGCUUUGGAGGAAGAUCUGUCACUGAACGAUGUGGAAGGGAUUUAAAUAUCCCCCAGGAGGGACCCCUGUGGAAGUAAGCAAGGAUGAUCCUGGUGAAGUAAUGCAGCUCUGAAGCUCACCUGACUAGCUGUACAGUUCCUGUUGUUGGUUUCUCAUAAAGUAAUUGCACAUUAUUUUGUCAUAUUUUAUGUCCAGUUCCACACUUUUUAAGAUGAACAAAGACGGUAUUAUUAUAACAGGAAGGUGGAGGGUAAGAAGGUGGUAGGAGAUGAUUGGGUCCCUUCCAAGGCAAUUUUGUGUCCCCUACUCAAUUUCCUUAAGGAUAGAAAUUUCUAGAGCUCUUUAGACCUACUUUCCAAAUAAUAUCCUCCUCUUAAGUACUGUUAACAAAAAAAGGCUAGAGGAUACAGCAACUUUAAGCCUUUUCUUUGUAGGGAUUUCUCUGUAGCCUUUUUAGUUAUUACUAAGAACACAAAGUUUACCCCAUGUGGGGAAAGGAACUCAUUUUAAAAUUGAGAACAGAUACUAAAAUACACAUAUUAGCCUUCUGAAACUGGGUGUUAACUUUGCAAUGUGGCAGAAAUUGAGAGGCUUAAAUAUCUUGCCAACACAGCUCUAGGCCGAAGUCAAGAUUAAGACCCAGGCCUUGUCCAGUACAUGCUUUUAUGUGCUAAGGCAAGUCCAAUGAGAAGGACUGGGAUAUCUGAGGAUUUUGUUACCUAAAUGUCUAUCACCUGAAGACAAGAAGCUGCCUGAUAAUUCCUUAAAGCCAGUAUAUGUAGACAUAAAAGCUAACGGCUCAGACCUCCAUAUGGUACAGCGUAGUUUAUGAAACUGGGAUGGAACCUGAGUAUGAAACCUAUUUUAUUAAUAAAUUUAAGUGUAGGAACACUAGAAUUUUUUUGUGGUGCUGGGGAUUGACUACAGGGUCUCUCACAUGCCAGGCUAGCAUUUUACCACUGAGCUACAUCCCUAGCCCUGAACCCUAAGAUCUUUAUAAGCCCUCUGAAAGUGGUUUGAGGAUUUCAAUUAACACUCAGGAAGUGGGAACACAGGUUAGGGAUUGUAAUUCCAAUGCUCUAGAGAACUGCAUCCUUUCCAGCAAAGCAGAUCUUUUGGUUAUAUAGUCUCAAUGGUUUGGAUGUGAGAUGUCCCCAAAAGGUUCAUAUGGAAAAUGCAGGAAUGCUCAGAGGUAAAAUGAUCAGAUUAUAAGAGCUUUAACCUAAUCAGUGGCUUAAUCCACUUGAUGGUUUAAUUAAUCUGAGUGGAUUACUAGGUUAGGUAACUAAUAGGCAGGUAAGAUGUGGCUAGAGGAAGCAGGUCAUUGGGGUGCCUUUGGGGAUUAUAUAUUUUAUAUUAUGUAUUAUAUAAGCUAAUGAGCUUAGCAACUUUUCUCUGCCCACCUUUUUGUCAUGUUAUUCUGCCUCACUAUGGUCCCAGAACAAUGGAAUCAGCUGACCAUGGACUGAGACUUAAUGAAACUGUGAGUCCAAAAUAAACUAGUCAGAUAGUUUGGUUAUAAUGACAAAAAGCUCACACAAGAUUACUUGGUACAUGUUUACUAAACUAUUUGUAAGUGGCUCUUCACAAUGAAUGGAUUUUCCUUUUUAUGAAAAAUAAAAUGAAUCUGAAAUCCAUAAACACAACUACUAUAAUUUCUGAAUGUAUUAUUCUAGCCACUUUACAGUUCUCUUAACUUGGGUAUCUGAGAGCACAACAGGACUUAAGCUGGUAAAAGGAGAGAGAGAUCAGUAGUAGGGGCUGAAGAGACAUGAAUGUAUGACAGAGAACAAGCAGAGAAGUGUGUACAGGAGACAAACCCAACCCCUAAAGUCUGAAAAAUCUAUGGAGAUUUUAGCUAGAAAACUGUAUAAUAUGAUAAGGAAUAACUCAAAGUUUUGAUCAAUAAAUGCAAAUCACUAAAAAUAUCAAUAAAAUAUCUUUAAUGCCUACAA